AUUACCCAGGAGCAGUUUAUUCUGGCCUCUCAGUCCCUGCAUCUCCAGAGAGCGAGCUGUGAAGCCGUAUAUCCAGUGGGAUUGUACGGCUGGAGAAAAAGAUGCCUCUAUUUCUUUCUUCUGGUGCUCUUUGUCACCAUGAUAGUAAACCUGGCCCUCACUGUCUGGAUUAUUAGGGUCAUGAAUUUCUCAAUGGACGGAAUGGGAAAUCUGCAGCUGAACCAUGAUGGGCUCCAUCUGGAGGGAGUCAGCGAGUUUCAGAUGCCGCUAUAUGUGAGCGAGAUUCAGUCCAGAAGGGACAGUGUGCUGGUCUUAGGAUCAGAAAGGAAUGUAACUCUGAAUGCCAGAAACCACCAAGGCCAGCUGACCGGUCAGCUCACAGUGGGACCUGAAGGUGUGGAGGCUCAGUGCCAGAGGCUGGAGGUGCGAAGCAGGAAUGGUGGCAGACUCCUGUUCUCUGCAAACGAGCAGGAAGUCACAAUGUCAACAGAAAGGUUUACUGUCACAGGCUCUGAAGGUGCCAUUUUUGGACGCUCAGUGGAGACACCGCUGAUCCGAGCGGCGACUUUUGAGGAUCUGAGGUUGGAAUCACCGACUAGAACUCUGAGCAUGGAGGCUCCGAGAGGCGUGGAAGUGAGCGCUGCUGCGGGGACGCUGAAGAUCAGCAGCAGGAAGGACCUGCAGCUGGAAUCCACAGAGGGAGAGAUCCUCCUCGAUGCCGACAGCAUUCGGCUGGAAAACCUUCCCCUCGGCAUCGCUGCUGCGUCCGCCGGCAAGGCCUUCAGGAAGCAGGCUGUGUACGAGGUGUGCGUUUGCCCCAGCGGCAAGAUCUACCGUUCUCCAGCUGAGAGCGUUUCCACCUGCCAGGCCAUGAGCAGCAUCUGCCUGUGGAGCUGACCUCAGAGCAGCGUGCUGUGACCACAUACAAACCCGAGAAUCGGCUCUGCAAUCUGAGAUCAGUGGAGUGGAGAUGGCAUCUUCAAACCCUGAGCUGUCAGUGCUCAUAACAGGACAGAAGCAUCCAAAUCGCUGCCUGCAGAGGAUCGACACAUACAGACUUCACUGACUGAAGUUCUCUACAGCAGGGAAUACGUAUGGAUCAGUUUUCACCAUUUAAUCAUAAGCAGAGAACACAAGUUUUAUUUUUCUACUUUUAGGUUUAUGGAGAUUGUUUCAAAUGUACAAAAAAUUAAUCAAUACAAGGUGCCUUCAGCUUUAAAUGGCGUCACAUUGAAACCGUCUUGUCAAUCAGACAUGGAGAGAUUAAAAUAAAGCAAGCACACA